UCCUCUUCUACUUCUUACUUCAUUGACUUGAUAAAAUGGAAAACCGUAUUUACCAGUUAGAAAGUGGGGAAUUGCCCGUGGCACAACCGUCUCUGUCUGGUCAACAGCAAACAAACAAAGACCACUCUCGUCUAAGAUCAGCAGCUUCCCAUUCACGUUCGCCGGACCGCCAUGGUGGCAGCCUCUCGUCGGGGCUCAGUUACGUCCCACGUCCUCGAGAACUUGACUGGAGACGUGAAGAUUAUUAUCGUGGUGAGUCAAGUAGUCCUGACCUUCAUUAUUAUUACAGUGAUGAGCUUCGCGAACCGAUCCGCGGUGAUCAUUAUGGUGGGCGUCGAGAAUCGAGCCGUGAUGACUACUAUGAAAGACGUCGAGAAGCAAGCCGUGGUGGUGACCGUUAUGACGGACGUCGAGAAUCAAGCCUGGAUGACUAUUAUGGAAGACGUCGAGAACCGAGACGUGAUGAUUCGUAUAAAGAUCGUCGGGAGCCUCGUCUUGCUUCGACCAGCUCUUCACUUAUGCCGACAUCGAUUCCAUUCACAUCUAAUGCUGCUGCUGCUGUUGCUGCUGUUGCUACUGCGCCUAUGGCUACCGCUAACACGACCAUCACCACUGCUCCCCAACCUGCUCCAACGCGAGGUAUGUUUUCUUCCUUUUGUUUUUAUAAAAGCAAUCAUCAAAUUAAUAACAAUGGAAAACACAAAUCACUGAUGAAUCAUGUGUAUAGGUAUGACUGGCACGAAUCUUAUUCCUUUGGCGACUCGAAAAGCACCAAAAACGCUCAUCGAGCGUGGUACAGUAAUGCCAUUAAAAAUAACAACAAUAGCAGCAGCAGCAGCAGCAACAAAAACAACAACAGCAGCAGCAGCAAAUGAAACUACACAGCCUAACAGCGCACAGGUAUACAUGCACAUCACACACGCUUAAUAAGCCUUGUUCACAAGUCUUGUUUAGACCUAGAGAAAAAAACAUUUUCCUUUCUAACA